AAACUCUGCUGCAUUUCUCCCCUUCUCUCUUUUUCACAUCCAUUCCUCUCUUUCUUGUUCUUUCCUUCUUCCAGGGGACCCGUUGUCUUGUUCUUUUCCAAAGGAAAAACAUUCCAGGCAAGAAAAGCUUCAAUUUCAUUAGUCCAAUAUGUCUGGACCUCAGCCUGUCGCGAUCUAUACCCUUCGGGUUCCUCCCGGAGGCGCUUUGAUUCCUGCCCUCCCCAAGAUGGCUGCAAUGUUUCGUGUGAGCAUGGCUGCCAUUGACCCUGACGAGGCUCCCGAGCAAGAUGACACCGGCAAAGCCCCUCGAGCCACCCUGAAGCUCGUUCGCCCUCCUCCGGGAGUGGACUUUGAGGAGUCUGAUGAAGAGAUUGAUAGUGAUGAGGAUUCCGACGAUGAAGAAGUCAAUGGUGGCCCCAGCGAUAAGGAAAGGGCUCGUAAGCUCAGGGAAGCCGCUGCCCUCAAGGACAUGGAGGAUGAUGACGAUGAAGAUGACGACGAUGAAGAUGAUGAUGAGGGAUUUGACCUUAAAGCUGCAAUCUCGAAGCUCAUCAAGGGUAAAGCUCCCGCUAACGAUGACGACGACGACGAAGAAGGCUCGGAUGAUGACUUUGAACUUAAUGAGACGGUUAUCUGUACUCUGGACUUGGAAAAGAACUUUCAGCAGCCCCUUGACCUUACCGUCUCCGAGGAAGAUCGCAUUUUCUUCAAGGUCAGUGGCACGAAUACUGUGUAUCUGACCGGAAACUAUCUUAUUCCCGCGGAUUUCGAUGAGGAUGACGAUGAAGAUGAGGAUGAGGAUGAAUAUGAUCUCUCCCCCGAUGAAGAUGAGCUGGACAUGCUCGUUGACGAAGGAGAAGAGAGCGAUGAGCUUGAUGGCCUGGAAAACCCAAGGGUUACCGAAAUUGACAGUGAUGAGGAGGAAGCUCCGAAGCUCGUCAAGGCCAAGGGCGAGAAGAAGCGUGCCGCUGAGGAAUCCGAUGAGGAAGUCGGUCUCGACGAUCUCAUGGCCAAGGAUAGUGGUAAAUCCAAGCCUGAGACCAAUGGCGAUUCGGCUUUGACCAAGAAGCAGCAGAAGAAGCUGAAGAAGAACAAUGGCGACGCUGCUGCUGUUGAGCAACCUAAGCAGACAAAGGAGACCAAGGAGACAUCCAAGCCCGACAAGAAGGUUCAAUUUGCCAAGAACCUCGAACAAGGGCCCACUCCUUCGUCCCAAGACAAGAAGCCAGCAGAGAAAACCACUGGAACCCUCGGUGUUAAGGAGGUCAAGGGGGUCAAGAUUGAUGACAAGAAGCUCGGAAAGGGCCCUGCAGCAAAGCCCGGCAACACUGUCUCUAUGAGAUACAUUGGUAAACUCGAGGAUGGCAAGGUCUUUGAUGCCAACAAGAAGGGCAAACCCUUUACUUUCAAGCUCGGUAAGGGAGAGGUCAUCAAGGGCUGGGAAAUUGGCGUCGAGGGUAUGGCUGUUGGCGCUGAACGUCGUAUCACUAUCCCGCCUCAUCUCGCAUACGGCAAGAAGGCUCUUCCUGGUAUCCCAGCCAACUCUAAACUGAUCUUCGACCUGAAGGUCCUUGAGAUCAAAUAGAGCCUUGGCUUCCAUCCAAAGUCGUAUCUGUACACUAGAGGCGUCCACCGAUAUUUAUGUUCCAAUUCCUGUUCCCUUGUUCAUUGUCAACGGUGUUCGGAGGAGUUCAGAUUGUCUCAUAGUUUCUGUGAUAUCCGACCUGUUUCAUAUUGCACAGUCUUGCGUUGCAUUUAGUAGAAAUGAGGAUAUCGCCAGCAAUAAAAUGAAAAUGUCAGAAAUUG